AUUCAUUAGAAAACAUGAACAAAAGUAACAGCAUACCUAAUUAAUAGAAAUGACAAUAGUAAUAGUACUAGAAACACUAUUGUGCAAAGAUAGAAAUUUACACUAUUUCUUUAGCAUUUUCAAGCCGUCUUCCCGGGUGAAUGUUUCUGUCUCUGCAGGCCUUGCCUGCAAAGUAACCUGAAGUGCAAAUAGCUUUUAGGACGUUUGCUGCUUUGACGGUACCCACGUGCAGGCACAGGGUUCUCAUCUUAGGCUGUGUUGGCUCUUUCUGGAGCCUUCUCCCAAACAAGAAGAAAAGGGCUGUGUGGAAGGAAGUGAGUAUGCACACCAGAGCGAGACAGGAGAGGUAUGAGGGAACACCAGCAGGGAAACCGUCAGAGACGGGACGGAGGGGAGCUUGGUUAGGAGAGAGGCACAAAGCGUCCUCCUUCCAUCAACCCCAGAAACCUUACUUGACAUUAAAAUGAGCCCACAGCCAUCCCACCUUCACAUUUAUCCCAAUUCCACAUGAGAACCUAUGAUUUCUUACUUUAAAUGUAAACUUUAAAGGUGGCCUGGAGAACCUGUGUCUACCUAAAAAAAAAAAUAGCAGUGUUAGGAACAUUUCCAUGCAUGUGUGGCUUGCCUUUAAGGGAUUGCCACUUGCUGGGAAGGAGUUCAGGUGAUUUCAGUAUUUACUGGCAGAGAAAGGUGAAAGGUGAUUUGAUAUGAAUCACACUUAAUCAAACCUUGAACGUACAGACUCUAACGAGGAAAAAUACUAAACACUUGUGGUAAAACUAUUGUCAUUACAGAUUCAUAGAGCAAGAAAAGACCCUGAAGAUCACCUCACCUCCUAGCCCCCACCUUUUUAUUUUUGUUUUUUGAAACGGAAGCUCAGUGUAACCCAGGCCAGAGUGCAGUGGUGUGAUCUCGACUUAGUGAAACCUCCACCUCCCUGGUUCAAGAAAUUCCCUUGCCUCAGCCUCCGGGGUAGCUGGGAUUACAGGCACCCGCCACCACUCCAGCUAAUUUUUUUGCACUUUUUGUAGAGAUGGGGUUUCAUCAUGUUGGUCAGGCUGGUCUUGAACUCCUGUCCUUAUGAUCCACCUGCUUCAGGCCCCCAAAGUGUUGGGAUUACAGGUGUGAGCCACUGCGCCCAGCCCUAGCCCCCGCUUUUAAGAGUAAUCUGAACUCAGAGCCUGAGCUGACCCAAGGUGAGGUGGCUGGUCAGUUGCAUACCCUGGGUGGGAUCUCUCUCCAAGAUGUUAGCCUGGAAAAUGCAGAAAGGUGUACUCCACCAAACUUUCAAUUUGAUUGUACUUCCAGAUAAAACUGAAAAGAAUGAGUCUUUUAAGAUUUUUCAUCUAAUGCUGCCUUAUAAAAUCAGAGUAAGGAAAAAGCCAGUUUGUAAAAGCAAAUGACCACACUCACAGUUUUUAAGUUCAGUAUCUGCAAGUGCAUGUAGAAUAAAAUCUCUGGCUGUAAAUUUUCAAAGAUACUGCCAAAUUAAUGUCAUUCAUUCUAUUUUGUAUUUCUUUAAAUAGUUGUGAAGUUGAACAUCUUUCCAAAUGUUUUGUGGCCAUUUGUAUUUCUUCUGGGAAUCACAUUUUCCUGUACAUGGUUCCUGUCUUAAUGAGUUCUAGAAGUUCUUUGUUAUAUGUGCUACACGUUUUUCCCAAUGUUAAUUUACGGUGUCUUUGUCCCCACAGAAGUUGACGAUUUUAAUAGACUGUGUAUUUCCUUUUUGGUUUGAUUGGGUUUGGUGUUUUACUUGGGAAGGUCUUAUCCAUCCCAAAAAGAUAAAACUAUCUGGAGAAAGUUACCUGUGGCCGCCCAAGUCCGCCACUUUGUGCUCUGUGUCCGCCCAUUGCCACGAUCCAGGAGGACUCCGCGCCGCCCGGCCGCCUCCGAGCUCGGGCCCCAUGUGAGGGGCCCCCCCUUAUCCCAUCUUUCCGGCUAGACUUGAAAGUCCAGUUUCACCAGAGGCUGAGGCUCCAGGAAAAGGGGAGCAAGUUCAUUGGAUCAAACAUGUCACAUGAGUCGGACAAUAAUAAAAGACUAGUGGCCUUAGUGCCCAUGCCCAGUGACCCUCCAUUCAAUACCCGAAGAGCCUAUACCAGUGAGGAUGAAGCCUGGAAGUCAUACUUGGAGAAUCCCCUGACGGCAGCCACCAAGGCCAUGAUGAGCAUUAAUGGUGAUGAGGACAGUGCUGCUGCCCUUGGCCUGCUCUAUGACUAUUACAAGGUUCCUCGAGACAAGAGGCUGCUGUCUGUAAGCAAAGCAAGUGACAGCCAAGAAGACCAGGAGAAAAGAAACUGCCUUGGCACGAGUGAAGCCCAGAGUAAUUUGAGUGGAGGGGAAAACAGAGUGCAAGUCCUAAAGACUGUUCCAGUGAACCUUUCUCUAAAUCAAGAUCACCUGGAGAAUUCCAAGCGGGAGCAGUACAGCAUCAGCGUCCCCGAGAGCUCUGCCAUCAUCCCCGUGUCGGGAAUCACUGUGGUGAAAGCUGAAGAUUUCACACCAGUUUUCAUGACCCCACCUAUGCACUAUCCCCGGGGAGAUGGGGAAGAACAACGAGUGGUUAUCUUUGAACAGACUCAGUAUGACCUGCCCUCGCUGGCCACCCACAGCGCCUAUCUCAAGGAUGACCAGCGCAGCACCCCAGACAGCACGUACAGCGAGAGCUUCAAGGACGCAGCCACAGAGAAAUUUCGGAGUGCUUCAGUUGGGGCUGAGGAGUACAUGUAUGAUCAGACCUCAAGUGGCACGUUUCAGUAUACCCUGGAAGCCACCAAAUCUCUCCGCCAGAAGCAGGGGGAGGGCCCCAUGACCUACCUCAACAAAGGACAGUUCUAUGCCAUAACACUCAGCGAGACUGGAGACAACAAAUGCUUCCGACAUCCCAUCAGCAAAGUCAGGAGCGUGGUGAUGGUGGUCUUCAGUGAAGACAAGAACAGAGACGAACAGCUCAAAUACUGGAAAUACUGGCACUCUCGGCAGCACACAGCGAAGCAGAGGGUCCUUGACAUUGCUGAUUACAAGGAGAGCUGUAAUACAAUUGGAAACAUUGAAGAGAUUGCAUAUAAUGCUGUUUCCUUUACCUGGGACGUGAAUGAAGAGGCGAAGAUUUUCAUCACCGUGAAUUGCUUGAGUACAGAUUUCUCCUCCCAAAAAGGGGUGAAAGGACUGCCUUUGAUGAUUCAGAUUGACACAUACAGUUAUAACAAUCGUAGCAAUAAACCCAUUCAUAGAGCUUAUUGCCAGAUCAAGGUCUUCUGUGACAAACAGAUGGGAAGCCUGGGAGCAUGAAGCUAGAGGAAAUCCUGGCUCACUCAUUUCACUUGAAAAUGACCAACAGAAAAGAAAAAGCAAUUAAAUCCUAUAGAAUGUUUCAUGAGAAAAGAGAUUAAGAUCAGACUGACUUCCCUAUGAAUAAUGAAUGCCUAUCAAAAAGGCCUACAAAACAAGUGAAAACUGUAGCCUGAUAUUUCAAAAUAAGCUAAAUGAAAUUAAAGAAAUAAUGGAAGUUUGAAGAUCAACACGAAUCACAAUUUGAAAAAUUCAGCUUGAGAUGUGUAGAAAAAAUAGAAUGACUUGAAAGGACAUGAGAUGGAACUCAUGGAAUUUAGAAAUAAAGGAUUAAAAUAUAUUAGAAAUAAAAACUAUGCUAGAAGCAGUACAGAGUAAAUAAAUGUAAAAGAUAAUACUUUAAGAAAACAAGCUGGAAAACAACAACAUUUUUUAAAUCAGAGGAAAUGAAGAAAGAGGUGUGAGAUAAAAUACAGAUAUAGAUGAAAGGUAAAGAAGAUGUGAUAUAGGCCAGGUGCAUGGCUCACACCUGUAAUCCCGGCACUUUGGGAGGCCAAGGUGGGAGAAUCACAUGAGUCCAGGAGUUUGAGGCCAGCUUAGGCAACAAAGCAAGACCCUCAUCUCUACAGAAAAAUGUAAACAUUACCCAAGUUCAGCGAUGCUUGUCUGUAGUCCUAGAUACUCAGGAGGCUGAGGCAGGAUGAUUGUUUGAGUCCAGGAGUUUGAGGUUGCAGUGAACUAUGCUCUAGCCUGGGUGACAGAGUGAGACCCUAUCUUUAAAAAAAGAAUUCAGCAUACAUAUAAUAUAAAUCUUUGAGAAAAAAUAGUGCGAGGGUGGAAUAAUAAAAAUACAUAUGCUUUAUGCAUUUAAAUACAUAUGCUCUAAGGGAAACUUUAAACAGAAAAUGUAUGUAUUUAAACAGCCCACCACCCACUUGGGAAAAUUGAUCCAGUAUAACCAAUACCAAAUAGUUAAGUUAUUGGACUUUUGAAAAAAGAAAAUAAUAUAAUUUGGGCAUCUCAGUAAAUAAAAUAAAUAUUAAAUUACUUAUAAGGCAAAUUUGAUUAUCAAACUUUUAAACAGCAAUACCUUGUCAGAAGACAAUGUUAUUUAAGGUAACGAAGUAAAGAAAAUAUGAGCCAAGAAGUUUAUACGCAGCCAAAUUGACUUUGAAGCAUAAAGAGAAACACAGGCACAACAAAAUAAAAUAACAAACUCCCUGAAUCCGAGAAUAUUUCUUCUUAGAGACUCCAACUUUAGACAAGCAAUAUUACUGUAAAGACACUGAUAAAAUGACUGGUGGUGAGCAUUCAGGAUCUGUUUGCCUGUAGAUCUCAUUCCUAAUGAUGGCAGAGUGUGACAGUAUAUUCUGAUAAGGUAGACAUUGUACAAUUAUUUUAAAAUUGGGAAGGAUAGAAAGGAGGGCAUAUAAAAAAUAAGUUGACUAACCGCUUAUAGAUAUUCAUUGUAAAUGAAAGGAUACUACUUCAUAUCAGAUGCCAGGGAGAGAGAGGAAGGGAGAGAUGAUAUUAGCAGCCAGUUCACUAUUGCCCAUCACUCUUUUUUAAAAAUUAUUUUUCCAUAAGUUACUGGGGUACAGGUAGUGUUUGGUUACAUAAGUAAGUUCUUUAGUGCUGAUUUGUGAGGUUUUGGUGUGCCCAUCACCUGAGCAGUACACACUGUACCAUAUAUGUAGUCUUUUAUCCCUUGCCCCCCUCCCACUUUUCCCCAGAAUCCCCCAAAGUCCACUGUAUCAUUCUUAUGCCUUUGCAUCCUCAUAGCUUAGCUCCCACAUAUCAGUGAGAACAUGUGAUGUUUGGUUUUCCAUUCCUGAGUUGCGUCACUUAGAACAAUAAUCUCCAGUCGUAUCCAGGUCACUGCAGAUGCUGUUAAUUCAGCCCAUCACUCUUAAAGGUGCUGCAGUCAGUUGUAUUAAAGGUCUAUAUGCUGUUAACAUUCCUGAGACUUCUGGUUUAGCAAUAACAGAGCAUUGAGAGAAGUAGGCUCCAGUGAGCAGACAACAGUGGCAGGAGGAAGCAGAGAUGGGCCAUGACAAUUUCAGUUAAUGCCAAUCAUCCAGCUUUCAGAGCAGCACAACAAUCAAUAGGACAGUUUCCAUGACACUGGUAGGACAAUAGAACAGUACACAGUAGGAAAAUUCACAAUACACAGUACACAGUAGGACAGUUCAUAGUAUACAGUAGGACAGUGCACCGUAAGUUCACAGUACAUAGUAGGACAGCUCAUAGGACACAGUAGGACAGAGCACAGUACACAGUAGGACAGUAUACAGUAAGCACACAGCAGGAUAGUUCACAGUAGGACAGUUCACAAUACAUAGUACACAGUAGGACAGUUUAGGACAGUACACAGUAUAUAGUAGGACAGUACACAGAACACAGUAGGACAAUACACAAUAGAACAGUUCACAGUACAUAGUAGGACAGUUUCCAUGACACAACAAUCAGUAGGACAGUUUCCAGGACAGCAGGGAGGUUUCUGUGACAAUUUCUAGAGGCCUGUUAAAUCAAUAGACAUAGUUAUGUCGAAAUGGUGAAAUAUCAAAGGCACAGACAGCAUAAGUAAUUUCCCCAGAGACACACAGGGAGAAUGCAGAGGAGUUAGAUGCAAAUCUAGGCCUGAUUUCAAAUUCAUUCUUCUGGAACUGAUAAAUAACUGUAUACAAAAAAUACUGAAUGACAACUGGCAAUUCAAAACCUCCAUAAAGAGCCAAAGUAGCCUUUAAAAACAAAACAAAACAAAUCAGCUUCUAUCUUUAAUUCAGCAAUAUUAAAUAUUAAGAAACAUUUUCAAACAAUGUAUAAGAGAGAUUUUUAAAGCAUAAAUAACAAAGCAUUUAAAUAAUUUGAAUUCCCUUACUUUAUUUCAGAUAUCCCAAGGGAGAUUGUAGAAUCCCCCUCUAUGAAUCCCCUUCUUAGAAAUAAAGAACAAAGUCAGAGAUGAGGAGAAAGAGGGGGAAGAAUUAGAGGAAUCUGGCAAUCCAUUCGUUUUCACUUUGGCAGUUGGAAUUCAAAGUGAGAGAAAGGGUUAAGGAUUCUCCUAAAAUUAUUCUAUGUUAUAGUGUUAUUGCAAUAAGUAAUAAGAAAAAGAAAGAAUAAAAGCCUGCGGAUGCAUGGAGAAUGUUCUAUUGUUGUUCACCUAUGUCCUAGAAUGAGAGGGACUCUAAGAUGCUAAGAGGGCAAAUAAAAUUAUUGAUUGAUUAUAAAAAAAAAAAGAUAAAACUAUCUUCCUGUAAUAUUUACUUUUUUUUUUUAACAUUUAGAUAUUUAAUCUACCUAAAUUUAUUUUUGUAUAUUGUGUGAAUUAGGAUUCUAACUAUUUUCUUCUGACCUGGAAAAGCCAGUUGACAGCUAGUAUGUGAGGGAGCUGAGUCUUGAACCCAGCCUGUCUGCUGAAGCCACGUUCUUAACCACUGUGUUUGCUACUCCUCUAAUUGAGUUAGUAUUAAAGGGGUCUUACUGGGGAAAAAAAUGUAGGUAUACCAUUAAAUAAGAAAACUUGAUCUAUUGCUUUUUGUUUUGCAAAUAGUAUUGACAAUGUAGCAUUCUCCUACAGGUAGCCUCCAUGAAUAAAUGUUUAAAAUAAAGAGGAGUAAGAAUGCAUAGUUAUUAAUAGAAGCUACAUCACCUCGGUUGUCUUUGUUGUGAUACUCUGUCAUCUGAGAUUUUGCAAAAUU